AGUACAGCAAAGGUUCAAGAAUCAACUCGAGUCGCUGCUAAGCCUCCACCUCCGAAAUCCUUAACGACCGCAAUGGCAAGUUCUUUGGAACUACAGCUAAUCCCCCAAAUAAACAUCGCUAAUCGCAAAUCUAGGCACGAGAAAACCCCUCAAAGCGCGUUUCGCUGCGUAAUAAGGCUUCCGUCUCCCGCCCCCUCCCCUCCAUGCGCCCCACGAUCCCGCUCCAAGUCAAAAAGAAAACCAGGCAGAGCAUGAAACACUCACUAUUUAUCAAUAAAAUCGAAAAGUCCUCUGCUCCAUCUGCUCGGUCUCGCCGACGAAAGGCGAAAGCUGCGCAAAACUCCCUCAUCACUGGGCUCGAGUCUCUCGCUGAUGCGCUUCCCUCUGGAGCCCUCGAUGGGUCGAUAAAUUUUACACCGGCCAGUAGUAAAGCGACGGGCAAAGGCAGAGAGGAGGGGGUUGGGAGAAAGAGUAUGAAGUCCCGACCUGGCGCUAUGAAAAGGAAGGAGGGGGUUGUGAAGAGUGAGUGUGAGCGGUUUGGGAAGAAUCUUGCCAUCAUGCAGACCGGAGCUAUCGCUGGGGCUACAGAAAGAGGAGGAGGGACAUGGGCUGCCUUGAGAGGGUUUAUUGAGGGGACCAUGGAGAAGAAGGAGGAGUUUGUUAAGACAGACUAAGAUGGAAAUUGGGAAUGAGCCUCUUGGAGCUAUAUAGUCAUUCCAUUUGGUACUAAAAGUUUGGUAGUAGUAGUUAUUUGUUUCGGGGGUUGCGAAUAAUGGAAACACAAUAGAAGUCUGCGGUAGUCUCUGCCACUCUAUGCGGCGCGGUGGCCGGUGCCCAGAAAGGUCAUAUAAAUAUCCC